CGUCAAUGUGGCACGGACGCGAUCAUUUCGUUGCAAACGACUGCCGUUGAGGUGCAGUGCUUAAUUCCAAUUUUUUCGGGGCUGAAUAAAGUGUCAAAGGCAAGAUGAAAGUGCCCUUUUCGAAAGCCACACUGUGGAAAUAUGUGUUCCUAGUGAUAAAUUGUUUAAUAACUGCCUUCGACGUGUUACUCAUCUCUUGCGGCGUCGUUUCGCUAGGCGGUGCCGGCUCUUUAGCCGGUGCCUAUACUGCAGCCUCUAUUGGUUUUCUAGCAAUGUUCAUCGCCUUUAUGGGCGCCAUGGCGUCGGUGCGACAAUCAUUGAUGCUGUCUUGGGCGUACAUAGUCAUGACAGUGCUGUGCAUAGUUUUGGAAACGAUUUGUAUGAUCGCAUUUGGUAUACUCAAGGAUGACUUCUAUUUAAUGGCAGUCAAGCGUGUGCAAGGCAUUUGGGAUGAGCGUCCAGAGACCCAAGAGGAAAUGGAUGAAAUUCAAGAACAGCACCAUUGCUGCGGUCGCGACAGUCCACAAGAUUAUUUGCCCGACAAACAGCAUACUCUGCCUGCGAGUUGUUGUCGCUGGGGCGAUUGCACGGAUGAUAAGAAUAUUUUCGCCAGAGGCUGUGUUGAUGCGGCGACGAGUUUUUUCAACCAACAAAGUGACAAUCUUGUUUUGAUCAUUGUUGGUCUGAUAGCUGUUCAGGUUUUUGGGGUGAUUGCUGCCUAUUACUUUACUCGUAGCAUGGUUAAUCUGAAGCAGAAACGUGAACAAAUCAUCAUAAAUGAGUAAAACUGAAUUAUGUUUGGCUACAAUAUGAGACAUAAAGUGGAGAAAGUUGUGGAUAAAAAUAUUCCUUUUUAUAAUAAUAUGCAAAUCUAAACUGAACAACUUUUUAAGGAAUUAAGUAUUUAAAUUGAAAAAAUAUAUUUAAAAAAGUCAAAUUGUUA